AUGUCAAAUCCCAUCGAUCGCGUCGCCGCUGUCAAUUGCCCUGCAUUAGUCCUCAUUCUGUGCGUUCGUCACGCCAUCACGCCGCUGAUGCCACUCAAGCAGCCAGCACCAGUUCCCUCACCGCUAUGUUCCGCACCUGGGAGCACGCACGCUAUACGAUACGAUACGGCUGUUCGGAUGCAUCCUAUCUCCGCACCCAAGCUCGCAAAAAGGGGACGUUGCAGACGAAAGCGCGCUGCGAACCCCACAUCCAAGCUCUGGGGCGCAGUCAUCCUAACCCGUCUUCAGCACCUCACCCGCUCGCCUCAUGCACUUGACCCAGCAUGA